AUGUACACACAGAAUCCACCAGACCUCAGAAGACCACACUGCACCACCAGACCUCAGAAGACCACACGGCACCACCAGACCUCAAAAGACCACACGGCACCACCAGACCUCAAAAGACCACACGGCACCACCAGACCUCCUCAAAAGACCACACGGCACCACCAGACCUCAAAAGACCACACGGCACCACCAGACCUCAAAAGACCACACGGCACCACUCAGACCCCUAGAAGACCACACGGCACCACCAGACCUCAGAAGACCACAGCUGGCACCACUCAGACCAGAAGAUCAUUAACGGCACCACCAGACCUCAGAAGACCACACGGCACCACUCAGACCCCCAGAAGACCACACGGCACCACCAGACCUCAGGAAGACCACACUGCACCACUCAGACCCUCAGAAGACCACACUGCACCACCAGACCUCAGAAGACCACACACGGCACCACCAGACCUCAGAAGACCACACGGCACCACUCAGACCUCAGAAGACCACACGGCACCACCAGACCCUCAGGAAGACCACACGGCACCACCAGACCUCAGAAGACCACACUGCACCACCAGACCUCAGAAGACCACUUGUUCACCAGACCUCAGAAGACCACACUGCACCACCAGACCUCAGAAGACCACACGGCACCACCAGACCUCAGAAGACCACACGGCACCACCAGACCUCAGAAGACCACACGGCACCACCAGACCUCAGAAGACCGCCAUUAUCAGGGAUUUAUUUAUUUAA